CGGAUGGAACGGUUGCAGAAAAAGCCAAGUUAGAGAAGAAGCAAAAAAGGAGAAAAGCGUAACUAGAAGUGAGAUUUUGUAGCAAAUAAAGAAGGAUCGAAUCCAAAAGAUUUUCUUUUCUUCUUUUCGAAUCGAAUCGAAUUGUAGUUUGAUUUGAAAAAUAGAGAUGGCGACGUUUGGAGAAGCUCCGGCAGGAGAGAAGAAGUUGGGAGAGAAGAUAUUCAAGACCAAAUGCGCUCAGUGCCACACCGUUGAAAAGGGCGCUGGUCACAAACAAGGGCCAAAUUUGAAUGGUCUGUUUGGAAGGCAGUCCGGCACCACUCCUGCUUACUCGUAUUCUGCUGCAAACAAGAACAUGGCUGUAAUAUGGGGGGAGUCGACAUUAUAUGAUUAUCUGCUGAAUCCAAAGAAGUAUAUUCCUGGAACCAAGAUGGUUUUCCCUGGACUGAAGAAGCCACAAGAACGUGCCGACCUCAUUGCAUACCUGAAGUCAGCUACAUCAUCUUAGGCCUGCUUGGAUUGCUUCAAAGAAGCCAAUCGGGAGCUGAACGACUUGAGGGAACUAUUCUCUUUCCCUUUUAUUUCUUCCUCCUUUAAUAAGACCUUGCGAUCAAGCACAGUACAAAAGGUGGUUAGUCUCCCUUAUUCAUGAUUCAUGUUCGUAGAGGAACCCAUGCUAAAGCGUGUUUUCUCCAUUGCUGUUAUUACAUCCCCCUUUUUGUCA